AUUAGCUGCAAGUGCAUAGUCCAAGGGCCAGGUGCUGAUGCACUGGAAAAAGAGCCUGUAGCCCGCAUGGAAACGACCCAGCGCUGUACUUCUCAGCAGCGAUUCUUGCGACCCACCACCCACAAACUAGCUUAAGACACUGUGAUCACUAAAUAUUGAACAUAGGAAUUUGAGACAACGGCAGGAACCACCCCAGGGAUUCCAAUCGACACGGGCCUUUUUCUUGCGACGAAAAGGCUCUUGACCUGCUGCGAGCACUUAGAAGUACAGACUUGAUAACAGUUCGAUGUCUCGCGAGGAGGGCAGCGCAUAACAGCUGCGCAACUGCAAACCUGCCUAUUAGCAACAGGCGCGCACAGCAACGCGCGGGGAGUUAGGCCGGCCCUACAAGUAAAACAUCAAGAAUGGAGCGCACAGGGAGCGUGCAGCAACCGGCCAGGGACGAUGGCAAAAUGGCCCCUCAGCUGCGUUCCCUCUCGGACACGCUCAACAGCACCGGCGCGAGUAGCUUAGCUGGAAAAUAUAACAUCAAGAGCCGCGCGGAGCUUUACAAGGGCAGCGUGUCCACGGUAUUUAAGUGCCAGCUGGUAGGCGGCUCGGCGGUGGUUGUGAAGCAGUACCACAAGGCUAAGAUGCAAGACAAACACUUUCACAAGCUAGCCCGGGAGGUGGAGGCCAUGCGGGCCCUGCUGCAGCAGGCGCAGCAUCAGAAGCAACAGCAACAACAGCAGCACCGCGGCAGCGGCAGCGGGGCUGCGGAGAGCAGCAGCACCAGCAGCAGCGUUGGAGGCAGUGGGAGCGGGGCCGGGGCCGUGGAGAGCCGGCCGCAGACGCCCUCCUCUGCCGCCUGCGUGUGCCCGGGCGUGGUGCAGCUGAACGACACAUUUGAGGACUCGGCCUCCAUCUACCUGGUCAUGGAGUGCUGCGAGGGCGGGGACCUGUUCAAGAAGCUCAUGCUGCACGGCGGCCGCCUGCCGGAGGGCUGGGUGGCGGCGGAGGUGAUCGCGCCGCUGCUGCAGGUGCUGCACCGCAUGCACGCCCUGCGCAUCAUGCACCGCGACAUCAAGCCGGAGAACAUCUUCCUGACCGCCGAGGGCGACGUGAAGCUGGGCGACUUUGGCCUGGCCAUCGACUGGAGCCACGAGCUGGCGUUCAGCCGCAGCGGCACGCUGGACUACAUGGCGCCCGAGGUGCUCAUCAACCCCGCCACGCACCUGCAGGAGUCAGCGGCGGUGACGGCGCCGCAGCUGGCCGCCAAGAACAUCCGGCCCUACACCGCCGCGGUGGACGUGUGGGCUGUGGGCUGCCUAGCCUACGAGCUGGUCAGUGGCCGGCCGCCCUUUGAGGUAGAGGACGAGAAGCAGACCGCCUCCAACAUCAUCUACAGCAACAACAUCCGCUUCGACCCAGCCUACUCGGCCGCGUGGGCCGACUUUGUGGCGCAGGCGCUGAUCAAGGACCCGCGCCGCCGCCCCACCGCUGCCGCGCUGCUGGCGCACCCUUGGCUGGCGGCACACCGCAUCGCCCGAAGCAACAGCGGCGGCACGACCGCUGGCAGCCUGCGUUCCACCGUAAGCAGCAGCCUGCAGCGCAGCUCGGCUUCCUCGGUGGCAGACAGCGCCGCCGCUGCUGCGGCCGCCGCCGCCGCUGCGGCGACGAUGACCGUGGUGGUGGCGAGCAAGUGCCACCCGCCCUCACACCCAGCCGCUGCGCCGGCUGCCAGCAGCAUUGGCGGCAGCAGUGCCUGCGGCGGCAGCGACGCCUCUGGGGCGGCGAGCUCCUCCUCCGGCUCGGGCGUCUCGGCGGCGUCGGGCGCAUCCGCCGCCAUUAGCAGCGCCAGCACGCAGCCGCGGCCGCCGACAGCCUCCAAGGUGGCGCCCGCUGCCGCAGUGGUUGCUCUGCCGCCACCGCCGGCCACCGCAGUGACGCAGGUGCGGCCGCGCACGCCGUCUGCCAGCUUCACCGUCACCACUGGCGCCACCGCGCCCGUUGUGCCUGCCAGCCCCUCCGCGCAGCCGGCCGCAGCCUCUGCCGCCCCGUCCACGCCCGCCGCCGCCACCGCGGCGCCGUACAACACCGCCGCUCAAGGGCUGUGCGCGAGCGUGCCGCCUCAGCCGCGCACGGGCCCCCAGACGUCUCAGCCGCAGCAGCCCGCCUCACAGACGCCAGGGUCUCUGUCGCUGCCGCGCACGCCCAAUGGCGGCCCGCUGCACAACAACAGCGCCCUACGCAGCCUGUUGGACGCCUUCAAGUCGGCUGCUGUCAGCGGCCACCACGCCAAUGCCAAUACCAACAGCAACGCCCAGCAGCAGCAGCAGCAGCAGCAACAGCCUGCCAGUGGCUCCAGCGGCGCGCAGCAGGCCACGGCCUCGUGUGCAGAUGCACAGGCCGCUCCGCAGCCGAUGGCAGCUGCCCCUGGCGCCGCCGGCAGCUCGGGCAGCAGCAGCCAGCGCGCGUCCUGGUCGCAGUGGCAGCAGCAGGCGACAGCCGGCGGCGCAGUGAGCGCGCCCCUGGAGCCUUCUGCCGGCGGCGCCAGCAGCACCGCCGCCGUGGUCAGCGGCGGCUGGCGCAGCCCGCCCGUGUCGCCAAUGCGCGAGCGCUGCCCGGAGAACGCCCCGUCCUACAUGCCAGCGCCGCAGCCGCCGCUGCCCAGGGCUCCCUCGAAUGGCCGUGCAGGCGCGGUGCCGGCGCCCCAGCCCCAGUACUGGGUGUCGCCGACGCAGCAGCCACCCUCCGCCGCUCCGGGUGCCGACGCAGGCAACGGUGGCGGCGUCGCGAGCGCGCCGUUGGGCAGCUCGGCUUGCGGCUUCACCAGCCCGCAGCGGAUGGGCCACCGCGUCAGCAGCAGCGGCCUGCUGUCGUCGCUCAUGCGGCCUCUGGCCUCUAUCUCCGCCACCGGCACCAGCAGCGGCACUGGCACCAGCAGCAGCAGCUGCCAGCUACCCCAGGCGCAGACGCAGCCGGGACAGCAGCAGCAGACGCAGGCGCCAGGGGCUGGCGCUAAGGCUUGCGGCCGGCCGCGGUCGGGCAGCCCUGGCCAUCAGCCGAUGGCCUCUGCGUCCGCGAUGGCCGCGGCCGCGGGCACGUCACCACUGCGCCGCUCGCUGCUGGGCGUUUCCCCGCCGCGCCAGCUGCGCCCCAGCCCGACCCCUAGCCCUCCGCGGCAGAUGCCGCAGGCGCAGGCGCCGCAGUCCCAAGCACCGGUGACCGGUCAGCAGCCCUGCCCAUCGCCACCACGUCAGCAGCCGCCGCCGAACCCCAGCCCGCCGCGGUCAAGUUGGGCGUACACUGGCAUCAACGUGGGGGUGGCGGCGACCGCCAACCCGCAGGGCCCGAACCCGGCGAUCAUGCAUGACCUUGCACGGAACUGGGGUGCGGUGGUGAGUGUCAGCGUCAACACUGGCGGCGGCAAUCCGCCCACCAUCAAGACGCAGGUGCCGCAGCGCGAUCAGCAGGGCAGCGCGGCGCUGAUUCCCAGCAAUCGCAGCAGCAGCAUCGGUGCCGGCGAUAGGUUCGCCAGCCCGCAGCGGGCCAGCGUUGGCAACCUGGCGUGCAAGCCCGGCUUUGACAGCUGGGGUCUGCCGGUGACGCCCGUGGCGGCCGCGCUGCCGCCGCAAGAGUUUACCACGCCACGGCCCACUGGCGUGUUGGAGCGUGUCAAGUACCAUCUGCGUGGCGGCGCGCAGGCGCAGCAGCAGCAGAUGCAGCUGCAGGUCCAGUCAAACCUGCAGCAGGCAGUGGCGGGCCACCUGCAGUUUGGCGGCGUGGCGCCCGUGGCCGCGGUGGAUGCCGUGUGAGCGGCUGCGGGGCCUGAGCCGCAGCGGCAGGGCCAGGCUGUGCUGCGUGCCAGCCCUGCAUGUGGACGCAAUGAGCAACAUGGCGCGUACCUAAUGUGCCUGUACCGUGGAGUACACCAAGUCGUACACAGCAAAGACUGCUUCGCGUAGCGAGUACUGCUAAGAAAUCAUUUGAUAAGGGUGUGCAGGGACCGACCAGUAGGAGCAGACAGUUGCUAGGCAGACCAGGGCACCAGGCUUCCCAGGCUAUGGCGUUGCAAGUGCUGGAUUGGAGAACGAAGAGUCCUUCCGGAUAACAUGCAACGUGACUGCUGCUGACCUCUGCCCUUGGAGCGUGUACAUAAAGUGGCAGCCGCGAUUCGGCUAGCGCUUGCACGCAUUUUGAGUGAGGAACGUGAGAAUGAGAUGCAUGCUAGUACGGUUUCCGGAACGGGUGGGAAGCCCAUACAUAGCCAAGUAGGAGACGCGUCAUGCACUUCUGUCUCGUUACUACGCAAGAGAGUUUGCUCCUAAUGCUGCGUGGUCUAUGAGACAGCAGAGACGAGCGUUCAAGCUCAAGUGGGUUCGCAUGUGACUAUAUAUCUGUGUGCAGGCCCUUGGCAUGUUUAUGUGCCUAGCCUGUAGUGAGUGACUUAAGCGGCAGCCAGCAGUGCGCAUCGAAAUGAUGUCACCCGACCUCUUUCUUCUUCUUCCUAACUGGAAUUGGGCUUGGCAAGGGCUUACGGAACGGUUCCGCUGAGUAGGGGGAAUUGUUUGUGCCUUUGCCUCAGUCCCCAGCACUGAUGCCUUUCUCCACACUUUAUAGUGCCUCUUCGUGGUAGCCAUUCUUUAUGUUUCGCAGUGUAGGCAACUGAUGACGGGCUUAAACUGCUACCGUGUGUAUGCAGUGUAUGAUAUGCGCGCUCCUGGGGGACAGUGAAGGGAGGAUGCCGGCGUAUGCCGCCGCCGCAUAGGCGCGCGUCUGAUGCAGCUGGCCAACUGCUGCCCACCAAACUGUUUGUAUUGAUGUGCAGCAAUCGUAGCUGCCAGAAGUAACGAGUGGCUUGUGUGUCCGACCACGAAGCGCUUUGCUUGGAAGCCCUUAGUUGGUGCUGUCGGUUCGGCUCUCACUCAGGUCUAGAGCUGUCGAUACUGAUGUACUGUUGCUGUGCAGGCCACGUGUAAUCCAGCACAUGU